AUUUAUGUUCAGAUUUUUCGGGAAAUUAAUGAAAAGAGCUCCUAAAGAAUGUUUAUAACAUGAUCAUCAAAAAUUCCCUAAUUUAUUAGCGAAUGAAUUUUGUUAAAGUUGUGAAUAAAGUUUGUGUUAUAUGUGUGGUAAUGAUCAUAUAGGACAUCAUCAUCCAGUGAAAGGUAGAAAUAUAAAUUAUUUAUGUAUAGUUUCUCAUCAUUGUUAUCCUAAUAUGAAUUUAUAAAAUAAUGAAAACUUGAGUGAAAAGGAUAACUUAAAUUUAACUACAUUAAGAGCCUUUAACACAGGAUCAUUGAUUUAAUUAGACAUAAAUAAAUUACAAUGUAUUUGUGGUAAACCAGCUGAUGAAAAUACAGCAAUUUGUGCGGCUUGUGGAAGUGCUACUUGCUCAUAAUAAUGUCAUUAAGAAUUAGUGAAUUAAGAUAAAUGCAAAUUUCAUCAUAAUUUUACAGAAAAAGCAAAAUUAGUUUCUUUGAGAUCAAUUUUGUUGAAGUAAGCAUAUACUUAACUUAGAAAUGCUUAUUUUUUGUUUGAUAAAGGUUAUGCAUAAGGUACAGUUUUUAGCCGAACUUCCUAGAACUUUAUUUCAGCAUUUCUUACUUCCUAAAGAUCUUCAAUAUAUUUAUAAAGAGGAUUUAGAUAAUAUGGAAAUCCUGAGGUAUUAUUAAAUAAUAACUUAGAUAAGAUUUAAACAUUAAAUGCUAUGGAUAUAGUAAAUGGGGCUGAUUUAGAUUACGAAAUUCAUUUGAUGAAAGUCUGUCAAUGUAAAUGUAGUCAUUGUAAGAAUCUUGGAAAUCACCCAAUGCAUUUAUGUUAAUCCCUUUGCAAAUCUAGAGAUUUAUAUGUAACAUUUUCAUAAAUCUAUAGAUCUUUAGAUCAUAUGCUUAAGAAAACCCUGUUGAAAAAGAGUAGACUUGUGAAUGUCAAUGUUAAUUUUGUUAAUCUGGCCAUACUAUCUUAUCACACAAAAAAAUAGAUUGUUGUUUAAAAUGUGAAUUUAAAUAAAAAGUUGAUUUUUGAAUAAUAAUUGUAUAUCAAAAAGCAU